AUUUAAGGAGCAGCAAGACGAGAUUGGGUCGGGAUUGCAUCACAUUUCAGCCGGGCAAGCAAUCGGAGUGAAGAGCUUGGCUAUCGGUUCUGUUCUUUUCUAUUUGUCUGGCGCUUUUGGACAGGCAAUCGUAGUCGCAACCGCGUUCGAAAUCCACACCCCUGAUGGCGGCACCCGCCAUGCCAUCUCCGAGGCGGAGGAAGUCGGCAGCUGCCAGCCGGUAUCUCGAGGCCAUUCAAAUUCAGUGCGGGGGGGGCACGACGAACGUGUACGACGAAGGGAAUGUUAGGGGGAGACCAAUUCCCAGUCGAAACAACAACGACAGCCGCACGAGGACGAGAACUGAGAGCCGGAACGGCAAUGAUGGGAACCGUACCAGCACCGUGAACAUCAAUGGGAUGAGUUGUUCCGGAAACGGGUACACUCCAGUACCCGUCGCCUCCGGUUGUCAUCCUGUGUCAUCCUCCGGACCCGCCGCCAAGGCCUUUCGAUCGACACCGAUCGAUCGCAGAAGCGGCAGCCGAACGACAAGCACCUUCAAAACAAAAUCGUCCGGCAACCCACAAACGACGCAAUCGGUCUACGAGAAGAUCAGUGUCGCUGGAAAGGCCGCGGAUUGUUCCCGGAGCAUUCUUACCGCAUCGACGGCCAUGAUGGCGGAUCCGUCGUACGACUCAAUCUCCACGUCCACCACUACCAAUUCGCCGGGAGGAAUCUUCAAGAAGAAGCAGAACAACAAGAAAAAGGGUAGCAGCCCCACUCGUCCUUCCAGGAGGAGGGGGAGGUCUCCGACGCAAGUUCCACACGGAACCAACAGCAUUAGUAGCAGCACCCAAAACAGAACCGACACAGGUCGCUAUAGUCGCAGCAGGGGGAACUAUACCGGUGCGCUAGAACACCGGGUCGUCGCGGGGGACAAGGACGAUGACGACGACAAUGACAUCCCAGGAAUUCCUUCCGGCAACAACAAAAUGAACCACCGAGACACACACAAACACUACCGCCACCAACCGGGAACACAGACCACGGCACCGCUGUCGGGUGAGUCACCCAGCAUUCCUCGUAGUCCACACCGACUACAUUCGAAUCUGACUACUACUCCACGGAAGAACGGCGGCAACAGUCCAUGUUCCCCCGACGACGAAACCACGAAGACUGGUCCCAUGACACCCUUUAGUGUCGAGAGCACCAGUGGGAUCAACGAGGACGGAGAAGGAAGAAUUGGUUCUCACGACGAUGAUUCCGAGGAUUCUCCUGCGCGGUUUCUAAGGGAUGUUCCCUUGGAGGAGGAACAACAUGAACACGAAAACGAAAACCAUGUCAAUGAGCAUUUCGGGGACGAGACCGGUAGUACCAGCCACUACUACCAACGGAAGCAGCAGCAACCACGUUCCUUUGAAAACCGCCACAGCAGCAAGAUCAUCAGCUACCCCGGGAGCCCCGGAAAAGGUUUGUUUCCAAAAACAAAUCCACGGAUGCCAGACUCUCCCGGGCAACCGCGGCCCAAUUCUCCCAGCCGCGGCACGGGGUCACUCUGGAAGUUUCGCCAGGCGCAGCAGCAGAGGCAACAGCAGCACAGACAGAAGCAGCAACAGCAACAUGCGAAACCAGAUCUACAGCCGCACGCACCGUGGAGUCCCUCGGAGCCCGGAGCGCCCACGGAAGUCGCGAGGAAUUUCAUCAAACGGCACUUCAAUCCGUAUCCACUCUCCCGUUCCAUGCUGACCACUACAUCGCCCAGCCACAGUGAUAUCUUGUCCAAGGUCCGAAACCGGUUCCAGCAAACUUUGGACGAUCCAUCUUCGCGGAGGCAGCAGCAAAUUCGGGACAGCAACGCCAAAGAAGAGGACGAAAUAAUUCUUCCAUCUCUAUUGGACACGGCAUCCUCGUCGGUGUCAUCGGCCUCUGUCCUUGGGGAUCAACCAGGGGACAGAGAGCCGAUGUCGGUUUCCAAGCUGACACGCCACGUGGAAAACGCCAGAAAACAAUCUAUCCUGUCCUCCUGUGGGUCGGAAACCACAGACACCGCCUCCCGUGACAACGUUGCCUCGUACCUCGACGCCAAAUACGGAACGAACAAACCGAACGGCAUGCCUUCGCAGCUUCAAGCGCCGACGUUUUCCAACAAGACGGCUCGGACCGCCAUGCUUCGGAGUCUCUUGUCGCCGCCCGACGACGACAACAGCGGGGAAAACCCUCGAGCCGAAGAAGGGCAGCAGCAAACGCCAAAACAAUCGCAGGAUGGCCAACCCCCAGUAAACACCACCACCGCAAACAAACCAAUAAUAGCGGAAGGCGGACUCCGCCGGCGGCCAAUGGGUGCGCAGGUAAAGGCCCUUGCGGCACACUACCGACGUGGCAGAGGCACCGCUCGGGGGGCACAGAAUCAGCAUCAGCAACGGCAGGACCAUGGACAAGAGUGCGAAAAAGUACAAACUGAACACCAGCAAGAUCCUCAGGAUUUGAAUGUGAUCAUCUCCUACAGCAAAAGUUCGCACAAGGUGGGGGUUCCCAAUCCAAUUAUGAGUCUGACUGCGCCCCAGGUAAAAACAACCACCGUGCCAGAUUCCAUCCUGAGUUUGUCCACUAGCAGCCACUCCCCUACACCCAUGAGUUCCAACUUCAUUCUGGGGAUACAGCCGCGGAAAGAGCAAGGAGAGAACUCCAAACGGGAACAAUCCUUUCAACCAGAAGAUAUUCGACAACACGAAGGCAUCGACGAGGACGACGAAUCGACUCUGCCGGAAUACGAUAGCGAGAGAAACGGGUCAUCGAAUGGAAUGAAGAAUACCACUCGGUCCCAAGAGUUUGUUUCGUAUAACGAGCGUGCGAGUCCAAAUACCGCCGACGUCUUUCAAUCCAAGGGAAUAUCUCUUUCGAAGAAAAAAAGAAUAAGGAAAAAAGAAAAUGGCAGAAGACAUGAAAGUCAGAAAAAUGCUAAGACCAGAAGUAGGGGCCGUGAUCGCGAUCGAAGAGGGAAGUCUCCUAUACAACCACUGUUUUCCUCUGAGCGACUGGACGAGACGAACGAUUCUUCCAUCCGCGAGUCUUCCAUUCGAAGCAAGUCUCUCGGAAGAACGAUGACCUCGGAGCAAUUCAUGAGGAUGGCCAAGAAUAACCUAACUGGAUCCGAGUUUGGUAAAGAACAAGGAGAMCCCCCMCCCCGCCGAUCAAAAUCUCUCUCGCAGCGAGAGGGAAGAAAGCCGUUCCAUGCAUCGAUUCAGCUAUCCCAAGCAAUGAGGGCCAUGUCGACUGAACGAAAAAACAGACUCCAACGGGCCAAUGAGCGAGUUAAUGAAGACGGAGAAGCGGUAAAAGAACGAGUCACUCUCGGCAAUGAAGAAUCUCUCCCCCGUCCAGAGACUGGACCACCGGGUGCUUCUUCGCAUCAAAAAGGCCUACCAACAAUCCCUAACCAUAUCAGCCCAUCUGGGUCGAGUUUUGAGUGUGAUCUUACACCCAGCGGAACCUUUCCACUCAACGAGUCUGCCGCCUCUCCCAAACCAACUGGAAAGACAGAAUUCUCUACGUUCAGGAAAGGUACUUCGAACGAUCUAAAAUCCAUUAAAGACAAGAUCCGGUCCUACAAUUUAAAACGAUCUCCAAAGCGUGGAAGAGCUUUGAACCGAAUCGCGUCACCGGAAGAAACCUCGCCUAUACUCUACACUGACCACGGAUAUUCAAGUUCCAGUCAAAGCUCUUUUUCUGCUGGGAGAAGUAGGCACUGUAGAAAAAGCCCAAACGCAACGAAAUCAACUGAAGAAGAAAAAAAAGAAGAGGAAAGAAACAUUCUUCGUAAACCUUCCGGAAAUAGUUUUCUGGAUAGGCUUCAACGAAGAUAUGUCAAAGCCCAAUAUUUUGGUGAAGGAGGAGAAGACGAAAGCCAUACACCAGUCAAUGACGAGUUUAGUGUACAGAGUCUUCGGGAACGAUUUGAACAAAGUUUUCAUUCUAGGCAAACUGACGAAGAAGUCGCAAAUGACCGAAGCGUGCGGAAUCUCAAAGAAAUGUUCGAGUCUCCUAACAAUCACAAAGGGGAGACCGUGAACAAUUUGAGAGCGAAAUUUGAGCGCCCAAAAUCAAGAUCAUUGAGGUCGUCAUUUCUCAACGAUAACGUGGGAACAGCGGAAAUGCGCAAGCCUUUACCCAACCUUAUGAACUCAUUGUCAAUGCGUCAUCAUCGAGAGAAAAACUCGAGGCUCCCAAAUCAAAGAGGCCAACGACAAGACAAAGCAAAAUCGAAUCACUCCAAAGGCAAAGAGAGGAAUCCCUCGCAUGUUUCUAACGAGAGUCGAGCAGAGUCUAGUUCGAACGGUAGUUAUGGUUUCGUUUCUCGAGGAGUUCCAGGAUCUUACUCCACUGCACCCGGACAAGGUCAAAUUGUUAAUAACGACAUCAAAGGAAAUCUAUCCGACUCCGAUUUUUCAGAUGCUGUCACGCUUGAUCCAUCAUACGUCGAAGUUUCUCUUUUGUCGAACUCAUCACCACCAAGUUUUCCCAUAUCUAGUUGGAGCGCACAGGGAAGAAAUUGUGGGCUCACCAAGAAGGACACGAAAGAAGCUUCAACCGAAUCCGGUUUUUCAGAUGCUGUCACGCUGGAUCCAACAGUCGCUGAUGUCUCUCGUUUGUCGCAUCCAUCAACGUAUCUAUCAACUCCAAGAGUUCCAGGAUCUCAUUGGACUGAACAUAGAGGGUCUUUCAGUGGUCAGCGUAAUGAACUUGAAAAGAAUGACACAAAAGGAGCUUCAGCCGACUCGGACUUUUCGGACGCUGUCACGCUUGAUCCAUCAUACGCUGAAGUGUCUGUGUUAACAACUCCGUCACCCAUUAGAAGCAUACCAAGCAAUGAAUCUGAUCGAAAUUCAGACUUAAGUCAAUCGUUAUUGCUUGGAAAUCUAGAAAAGAAAUUUAUCAAGGAAAAUGAUAGCGCGACUCAACAGCUAUCUUUCGAAGAUAUUUCCAACGAUUCCGAAACAAACUAUGAGGAACAACCUCGUGAUAGCGCUGUGCCAGGCACUUCCUCGAAACACAAGUAUCGCAAACCCGAUUUGCAAAGGCAACCUAGCCUAAAGAUGUAUGCAAACGAGCGAGUACCAGAUUCCUGUGAUCGACCAUAUGCUCGAAGAACAUCGGAAUCUUCCCGAUCCGUGGACAAAAGACACACGUUCGCUCAUUCUUCUGGUCAUUCAAGCUCAUCUAUGUUUGCUAGCAGGGAGUUAAUCGGAUCUUCCAGCAGAUCUCAACGAUCUAUAUGCAGUGACCGGUCACCAGCCAGAUCCCCGAUUCGAUCGAAAGGAAAUUCCCGAGACUUGAUGCAAUCCAUUUCUAGAUCUCCCCGGUCAAGAGCAAUUCCUCCUGUGUCACCCGAGUCACCAAAUCAAUCCAGUCGAUCCCA